AUGGAGCUAGCAGACAUCAUAUGUGAGGGAAGAAAGCACCAUGCUACCAGUGACCUCAACAACAUGAACAACAACAACAAAGUUUUUGCAACCUCGCCGGCAGUUCAAGGAUUAUCGGAUACAGCGCUGCAUCAGCAGGAGCACCAUCUAGCACCGGCACCAGAGCAGCCGCUGCAGCAGCAACAGUCUUGUGAUGGUGAUAGCAACGAAAGUGCUAAUGGGCAGCAAGCCCCGCCACCACCAGCGUACGACUAUCAGGGGCAGUAUCCCCAAGGACAACGCUACUCGCAACAUCCAGAAUACCAGCAACAUCAAGGGUACUCGCCACAACAAGGCUACCCUCCACCUCAAGGAUACCCACCUCCACAAGGCUACCCACCUCCACAAGGCUACCCACCUCCACAAGGCUACCCACCGCCACCACAAGGCUACUACCAACCGCAGCAAGACUACUACCCACCACCACAGCAAGUGGUCUACGUGCCAGCAAAUGCCGGAACCUACCAGGGGCAGCGGCCAUCCCAGCCACCCGCUGUGGUCUAUUCAACUCCAGGGAGCCCCAGUCAGAAUAUGUUCGUCGUGAAGCAGUACCUCGAGAGUCCUGCGGCCAGGAAUGCCUUCAUCAGAAAAGUGUACAGCAUACUGCUAGUACAACUUCUUGUGGCUAGCUCGUUCAUUGGCGUCAGCGUCUUCGUGGAUCCAGUGAACAAGUGGGUGAAUCAACAUUUUUACCUGGUAUACCUAUUCUUAUUUUUCUAUCUGGCCUGCGCUAUCGUCAUGUGCUGCUGCAUGCCGCAGUUGUGCUCCACGAAUCCGAUCAGCAUUGGCGUUCUCAUCGUCAUCACGCUAUCAAUGUCAGGAUUGGUUGCUUUUAUUUCCAGCAAACAUGGCAAAGAAACAGUGUUUAUUGCUAUCGUAAUAACAGCGGCUAUGGUGCUUCUGCUGACAGUUCUGGCAUGUCAAAGCACCAUUGAUUUCACCUCCUGGAUGGGCGCCAUGUUUGUGAUCCUACUCAUUUUUAUGCUGUUCGCUAUAUUCGCUUCAAUCCUCAGCCCAUACAUCCCUGUCAUACGCUUGAUCUAUGCCUGUUUUGGAGCCUUAAUAAUGAGUGUGUAUAUUGUAAUAGACACACAAACACUCUUGUCCGGCAAGCGGUAUUCCUUGGACACUGAGAUGUACAUCUUUGGAGCCAUCAGUCUCUUCGUGGACAUCCUGCUACUCUUCAUGUACAUCCUGCAGAUUCUGGAUUACAGCAAAUAA